AUGAUGCGUCGCGGGGUUGCCACCAUGGCGCCGCUGCUCAUGCUGCUUCUCCUCCUCUCGGGGUGGUCGGCGAUGGGUACGCCGCGUUUACGCGAGAGAUGGGAGGAGGAGGGGGAGGGGGAGUGGCGGCCGGAGGAAGAGGCCAAGGGCGGCGGCGGAGGUGGCGGGGCUGGGAAAGGGCUGUUCUUGCUGGACAAGGUGGAGAAGGUGGUGGAGUCGGAAGGUGGGAGUGUGCACGUCGUACGCGGGCUGCCAGCGUCCGGCGUGCCGGAAGCACCGUGGCAGCAUGGUGGGUGGUCCGCGGGCGCGGGGUGCGGAGCUUGCCGAGAGGGGCUCAUGCACAUCGGCUUCAUAACCAUGGAGCCCAAGACGCUGUUCGUGCCGCAGUACAUAGACUCCAACCUCAUACUCUUCGUGCAGCGAGGGGAUGUGAAGGUUGGAUGGAUCCACAAGGGCGGUCUCGUGGAGAAGCAGCUCAAGAUGGGCGACGUCCUCCAGAUGGACGCCGGCUCCACCUUCUACAUGGUCAACACAGGCAAAGGCCAGAGGCUGCACAUCAUAUGCAGUAUCGACGCCUCGGAUAGCGCAGGCUUCGCACCUUAUCAGUCCUUCUAUCUUGGUGGGGGAGGGAAACAGACGUCAGUGCUGGCCGGCUUCGAGCCAAAGAUUCUUGUCACCGCUCUCAACACCACUUACGACGAAUUGGCAAGAAUCUUACCCGUGCGAACCGGGGGCCCUUUCGUGUCCUACACAACGGAGUCCGGGAGCGGUGGCAAAGAGCAUGGACAGGGAGAUGUGGGAGAAAAUGGAAGGGAGAGCGAGCCAUGGAGACCAGUGGGGAGAGGCGACGACGACGACGACGAACGCGGUAGCAGUAGCGGGCAAUCCACUUGGACUUGGUCGUGGAGGAAACUGAUGAGCAGGUUCAUCGGAGUGGAGCUGAACAACAAGUCGGACAAGACUGUGCGCGCGCCGGAGCCUUACAACCUGUUCGAUCACGAGCCCAGCUUCCGGAACACCUACGGCUGGAGCAUCUCCGUCGACAAGCACGACUACGAGCCCUUGGACCACUCCGACAUCGGCGUCUAUCUCGUCAACCUCACCGCCGGCUCGAUGAUGGCGCCACACGUGAACCCGAGGGCGACGGAGUACGGCGUGGUGCUCGCCGGGGAAGGCGUCAUCCAGGUGGUCUUCCCGAACGGGUCUCUUGCGAUGAGCGCGGUGGUGCGUGCCGGCGACGUGUUCUGGAUCCCACGCCACUUCCCGUUCGUCCAGGUGGCGUCACGGGGCGGGCCGUUCGUGUUCUUCGGGUUCACCACGUCGGCGCGGCGGAACAAGCCGCAGUUCCUGACAGGCCCCACCUCUGUCUUCCGCAUGAUGCUCGGGCCGGAGCUCGCGGCCGGGUUGGGCGUCCCUGAGAAUGAGAAGGAAUUGAGGGAGGUGGUGGAGGCCCAGACGGUGGCGGUGAUCGAGCCGCCGUUGCCGGAGAAGGAGAAGGGGCGGAAGGAGAGGGAACCGUUUGUUAUGAAGCAAGUGGCGAGGGAGUGA